UGAAGCGCAACGUCUCAGCCGGCUUUCAUCAGAACUCUUUGCUCUGUGAUCGGAGACUCGGAGGAUUUUGUUUUAGGGGUGGGAGAGAAAAAGGCAGAAGAAAAUGGCACUGAGAGGACCGCUUUCCCGUCUUCUCCGAGCUCACCUCAGACACACCACCCAGCAAAGCAGAGCCCAGUCCGUGGCUGUACUGGGAGCCCCGUUUUCAAAGGGACAGAAACGAGGAGGAGUGGAGCACGGCCCCAAAGCGAUCAGAGAUGCGGGUCUCAUCGAGAGGCUGUCCAGUUUGG